CAAUGUUACGUGUGAGUGUUGAAUGUUAACUAAAAAAGGAGUUUUAAACUAUCCUAAUUCAUGCUUUUUGGCUGUGUUCAUUUCGCCCUGCAUAUCUACUAAACAACGUGACCGGGUCAGUCAGACUGUCGAAAUGUCAUUGUGGUUUUUAAGUGGCAUGGCAGAAGCAAGAUCGACUCUUUUAGAGCAGGAUAUCCAAAAGAAAAGAGAGGAAACAAGAAAAAGAUUUGUUAUUGAAUAUGCACAAGACUCGUCUGACUCGUAUGAUGCCAGGGACAUGGACAGGUUGUGGAAGGAUGAUGUUUUGGUUGACAGUUAUCUAGAGUGCAGCCACUUUGUCAUGGAGAACACCUUGAAGAUGAUCAGUGACAGUCUUCAGUGGAGAAAGGAAUUCAAGUUGAAUGACAUAAACGAAAGCUCAGUUCAAAAGGGUCUUCUUGACUCUGGCAUGAUUUAUCUGCACGGCUAUGACAAAGAGGGCAACAAACUCUUCUGGUUCAGGGUGAGGCUGCAUGUGAAGGACUUGAAAAUGUUGACGGAGAAGAAGAGGUACGUGGCCUUCUGGUUGGAGAGCCAUGUGCGGCGAGAGCCAGGGACACCCCUCACCGUGAUCUUCGACAUGUCCGAAGUGGGUCUCGGCAGCAUUGACAUGGAGUUCAUCAAAUAUAUCAUCAAUUGCUUCCAUGUGUACUACCCUAAAUUGCUCGCCAAAAUGCUGAUGUACGAGAUGCCGUGGAUCAUGAACGCGGCGUGGAAAAUGGUGAAGGCCAUGCUCAGUCAAGAAGUGGUCGACACGCUGGUCUUUGUGUCCAAGAGUGAGAUCCAGGACCACGUUGAACGAGAGCACCUCCUGCCCUCCAUGGGCGGAACUGACCCAUUCAAAUUCUCCUACCCGCCGUUUCCUGAUGACUUCCAGAACCCGAUAUCUGAGACCGGACAAGAGGAUGACGCAGAGACUGGGGAGGAUGAUCUGGAAACCAAGGACACCUUGGAGCAAAAUCCUCUCGCACUUAAACCCAGAAAGGUGUGUUUCGCGGAGGAUUGGGACAAAGAUUGCACCAGCACAUGGAAAGCAUCCCGUAGGCCGUCCGACGCUUUCAAAGGAACCUUACUCCACAUCAGUCCCGCGGAGGAGUUGCGCUUCGGCCUCGGCGACGGCGAGAAGAGAUGCCUCAUCAGCCUCAGUAACGUCACCAGAAACCGAGUGGCCUUCAAGGUGCGGACUACAGCCCCAGAGAAGUACAGGGUGAAACCGAGCAAUAGCAGCUGCGGGCCGGGAACAGGCGGGACAAUCACGGUGUCCCUGUAUGGAGGUUCCCUGUGCUGUCCUCAGGACCGCUUCUUAAUCAUGGCCGCCGAGAUGGAUCUGAGUAGCGACGGGGGGAGCGCAGACCUCGCCCAGUUCUGGAAGGGCGUCCCAAAACCCAAAAUAAUGAUGCACAGGUUGCGUUGCCGCAUGAGGGAGAACCUUAAUUUGGCACUCAGCCCCGUGACUGACCGGUCCUACAGAAUGGAGUCCAUUGGCCGUCAAGACGUGCACGCCACGCUCUUUCAGUUGAUGGCAAGCAGCUCCCGGCUGGAAGAAAAUAUGGACCGCUGCUUGCGAUGGCAGAAGGUCCUGACCGUCCUGGUGACUGUGCUGACGGCCUUGUCCUUCUCCACCAUAUACACUGGGGAGUGGCCAUUAUGAAACACACCCACGAUGGACCACAGUGAACCUGGUGCAGGUCCCCCACCUCCUCCUGAUCUUGGUGAAAAAACACUGGAUGGUAUUUAUUCUGCACUAUUCAAACAAACCAGAAGAUGUAAAUGAAAAAUUUCUGUACUCACUACUGUAAGUCACUAUAGAAGUGCAUCUGCAAAAUGUCUUACAUGUUGUGGUGGGGUUUAGAUGGAGUGUCACUGUCUAAAAGAGGCGUUCUCAUCACACGUUCAAAUGGAAACGGUAACUCCUGCUAGGUGAGGAGCACAGCUAAUGGUGAUGAAUGUUGAGACGUUAGAAAUAAGGAGAAAUUAAUCUCAUGAAACAACACUGCCAUUCCUUUUCACACAGUUGCUUAGCAAGGUAUGGGUCGAGAAAUGCUGAGAAGAGGUUUUGUGUGAAUAUAUCUGAAGUUGCACCUCAUGUAAUUUGUGCUACUGUUGUCUUGUUUAGUUAGCGUCCUAUACACUAAUUUAUUUUCAACGUUUAUUUUAUGAAGCCAUUUUUAAAGAAAUAUUUAAGUGCCCAUACAGAUACCCAGCAUUAAACCUCACGCAAUAUGUUGUUUAAGCCCAGUGGCUCAUUAUGUUACAUAUUAGGCCACACCUUUAGGGACGGGACUACAAGCUGUAGUUCACGUCAUAGAGAACAGUAGAGGGCUCUAGUGGGCACUUUUAGCAACUGGUGUGAAUUUCAUUGUCUUUCCUGAUGACCCGGGCUCAAGUAAUCAAGACAAAGCCAAGUAGGUAGAGCUAAGUGGACUAUUGGUGCGAGGGCUUGAAUGGAAACUGAGAAUAGCAAACAUUUCCUUUCUUUGCUCCACAUUGCAUGAGACAUUGUGCUUCAGCGAGCCCUGUGGUCUCGCCUAAGGUGUGGCUCCGAAUGUUUUGUUUUUUCAAUGAAUAGUGUUUGAUUGACAACAUUUAAUCUUGGUGUUUUUGCAUAGGUUCUUACAGAGACGAUUACACAAAAAUAAAGACACAAAUGUUAAGUGUGAUUGAGGUAUAUGCUUUGAUUAAAAAAAUAAUCACAUUCUCACUCCCAUUGGCACCAAUGUGAACUGUGAUGCAUGUUCUGAAAUACAGGCCUAAAUAAAUUAUUGACAUAUUUUUCACUAGCUGCUCCACAAUGUCCACAUUAAACUAAUGACUGGGAGAUAACCUCCUUUUUCUUUUUUCUUCUUUGUUUAAAAAGAGGCAUGACAGGCGUGAGACGUGUUGAUUUUAAUUGAUGUACUUCAUACUCCAUGUUUGUAGUUGCCAUUUUUUCCCAGAGGACCCCUGUGUUGAGCAGAUGGUGCCACAAUGACCUUCCGUCUCUACUGAUGUGACAUGUGUUCUAGAGGGAGGUGUAGAUGGAGAGAGGAAAAACAGACAUGUCCUCCCCUCAACACCUCCACUGAUUAGCUGGGGACAUGGCGGCUAGGUGAUGUACCUUAGACGGGGAGAGAGAAUUUACUGGCUGAUAAGCUCCGUGUGACAGAUGAGAUCACUGGGUUGUUUUUCUCUCACUUGGAGUUAGCUUAUGUAAUUAUCUUGGUUCUUCUUAAGCUAAUUGAAGGCGAUCCGCUCUUUGAUUGCCUUUGUGAUAAUGAGGUAUGGCCUACCGAGCACAGGUGAACACUGAUAUGUAACACGUGGUGCCUUGAGAUGAGGAUGAAGUGCGUGUCGAAGUGUUGAUUGUACUGAACUUUGAAGAGACCCAUUUCUGUGUCAUUGUUACAGUACAUAGCCUAAAGCAAUUGCUUGUACAACUUGACCAGUGGUAAAGCUGCUGUAUAACAUUUCCUUGGCCCGUCUUGUCUGAAACUAAAGAAAAUGUACCACAACUGUGGGUCAACCUUUCGUUUUCUGUGCCGUGUUUUGUCUAUCUAGGUUGUUUGUUUGCUUGCCACAUUUUGGUUAAACUACAAAUUCAUGAAGAGAAUUUGUCAAGGGUAUGAUAUGGACAAUGAUUGUGAAGAAAUGGCAGCAGCAGUGGAAUUGAGACAGUUAGGGCAGGCAUCUUUUUCAUGCACAGCGUAGAGUCUUAUCUCCUUGACAAGAAGCAGAAAAGAACAAGACACAUUUACUAGCCUUCAAGUGGGACACAGCUUGCUAAAUAAACUGUUACAUUUGAUAGGGUAGCAUACAACAGGAAAGUGGGAUUAUUGCAAGGAAAUUUAAACAGUAGACCAUGUGUUGAUGCAGUGUGUGCGUUAUGAGGGGGAGAUAGAGGGAUAAAGAAUAGGUCUAAGAGGAUAGGGGAUUCAAGAUGCACUUAUGUUGGAUACAAGAUGCACUUAUAUUGGAUGCCCGCCGUCGUAUAACACCUACGAAGACGAAUCGCAGCGCCCAGGCUAUAUGUUUUUAUUAAAUACAUUUGUUUAUGUGUAAUUUGUAUGUUAUGUAGUAUUUAUUAGUU